AGCAAACUUGAUGAUUACCAGGAACGAAUGAACAAGGGAGAACGUCUGAAUCAAGAUCAACUGGAUGCGGUGUCAAAAUACCAGGAAGUGACAAAUAAUCUGGAAUUUGCUAAAGAACUGCAGAGGAGUUUUAUGGCUCUGAGCCAAGAUAUCCAGAAAACAAUAAAGAAGACAGCUCGCAGGGAGCAACUGAUGCGAGAAGAAGCUGAGCAGAAGCGUUUAAAGACUGUACUAGAGCUACAGUUUAUUUUGGAAAAGUUGGGUGAUGAUGAAGUGCGCAACGACUUGAAACAGGGAUCAAAUGGAGUACCUGUACUGACAGAGGAGGAACUGACAAUGCUGGAUGACUUUUACAAGCUAGUUUACCCUGAAAGAGACAUGAACAUGAGGUUGAAUGAGCAGUAUGAGCAAGCAUCUGUUCACCUGUGGGACUUACUGGAAGGGAAGGAAAAACCAGUUUGUGGAACAACCUAUAAAGCGCUAAAGGAGAUUGUUGAACGUAUUCUUCAAACUAGUUACUUUGAUAGCACCCAUAACCAUCAGAACGGAUUGUGUGAGGAAGAGGAGGCAGCACCUGCACCUGCAGUAGAAGACACUGUAGCAGAAGCUGAACCUGAUCCAGCGGAAGAAUUUACUGAGCCAACUGAAGUUGAAUCAACUGAGUAUGUAAACAGACAAUUCAUGGCAGAGACUCAGUUCAGCAGUAGUGAGAAGGAACAGGUAGAUGAGUGGACAGUUGAAACGGUUGAG